AUGGAUAACUUAACAUAUUCUGAUAAUUAUAUUUUAGAUAAUUUAUCACAGAAUGAUUUCACUUUUAAUGCCUUGAUACAAAACGAUUCUAAUACUGAUAUCUCCUUGCAAAAUAAUAGUGGAGUAGAAAUAAAUAAUACUUUUAAAACUAAAGAUCAUUGGAUAGAACCUAUUAUUUCACAGGAUGGCAAGAAAACUUCAUCAUGUAACUCAUUCUUACAAGAUUCCCACUUAACAACAGUGUCUCAACAUUUAUCAGGUAAUAUUUUUGAUAAAAGAUUAGAGUUUGUAAAAGAGGCAUUAGCAAAAACUUCAAGCAAAAUUUCUUUUACCUGUGAUAGAUGGCAUUCAACUGUCCACAAAUGCCAUUAUAUAGUUGUUACAGCAUCGUGGAUAAGUACCAAUUGGAAGAUAGUUAAUAUUAUUUUAAACUUCCAAGAGUCAGGACAAACAGCCAUUGAUAUAAAAUCUGUAAUAGUUAAAACAUUAGAUAAUUAUAAUAUUAAGGAAAAAUUUUUUGUAAUCAUCAUGGAUAAUACCAAUAAGGCUGUGAGUUGA